AUGUCUGACUACCAGGCUGUCAUAAAUGAAUACAAUGAGCAAGCAUCUUCUUAUACCGAUUAUACCUCUCUCCCAUGCGGGGUGUUGGAGACCCAACUCAUGACCAAUGCUCUAGGCAAUUGUGAGGGGCUAAAAGUGCUGGACCUGGGCGGCGGCUCAGGCCUCCGAGCCCGUCAGGUAAUUGAGCUUGGAGCGAGCUCCGUGAACGUUGUGGAUCUCUCACCAGAGAUGAUGCGCGUUGGGAAGGAUAUCGAAGAAUCCCUCGGCCGCAACAAGAUAAAGUGGGUGGAAGCUGAUCUAUCCCAGUCGAUCCAACAUUUGCAACUGGGAGAGUAUGACCUGGUCAUGGCGAACUGGCUUUUUGAUCAUGCCACUAGUGAGAAGGUACUCGAGAAGAUGUGGGAGAAUGUCGUUACUCAUAUCAAGCCUGGAGGACGAUUCGUGGGUGUGAGAAGCGGGGAUCCGAGGUCUUUGGUCUUCAGCACCGGAAAGUAUGGUAUCUCGUACAAAGACCUCGAGGACAUACCCGGCGGCAUAAAGCUGCGAUAUGUGAUGCACGUGGAGCCACCGAUUGAAUUCGAAGGCACGCCCAUGGAGAUUAUGUACUCAGGCUCGACGAAGAUGCACGAGAAGUUUGGACUCGAGGACGUUCGAACGGAACGGUACGAGGAUACCGAGAUUAUCAAGAAUGGAGACCCUGAUUAUUGGAAGAUGUUUCUAGAUAACCCGGGAAUGGCAGUGCCACGACUGCGCUCCUACGGACAAACUCCGAUUUGCGCCGCCUCAGCGUUACGAAAGCAAGAGACACUUGAACGCCUCGGCCGUCCCAUUCGCGUGCCCACAGUUUGGAACAGGUACGCCGACCAUCUGGUUGGUGGACGAACCGUGGUUCAUGAACGUGGCACCUUGGAGCGAAGACUGUCUGUCCGUGUCAGUCUAGACCCCGUCGAGGGCCUUCAACACAAGCCGGGAGAAACUUCCAGUCUUCGUCUUGCUGCAUGGAGAGGAUCUCCAGGCCGGUUAGUCCUCGGUGCCGUACCAGCAACCACAACCCUGGAUUCAACAACGCCAAGCCCACAUCGUCGUCGCCGUGCAAACAACCUGGGCAUUCUAUAUCAGCGCAUGGGAUUAGAAUGGGCCCGCGACAACAUUGCAGCCUUUGGAGGCGAUCCGAACCGAAUGGUGCUCUGGGGGCAGUCGUCUGGCGCAGCAUUGACUGACGCCCAGAACCUCGCUUUCCCCGAGGACCCCAUCGUCCAGGGUCUCAUACAACAAAGCGGAAGUGUGCUGGUUCCAGUGGGAGAGGAACUGGUGACGGAGGAUCCGACGCACAGCAACUUCACGCUCGUAGCUCGGGGUGCGGGUGUGCCGCACACUCGGGCGCCGAGCAGCUUGAAUGCAUGA